AUGGCCGCCGUUUCUUCACUAGCUCCGUCGUCACCAGUAGCUCCUCAACCAUCACCAUGGCACUCACCGGUACCCUAUCUCUUCGGCGGCCUUGCUGCCAUGAUGGGUCUCAUUGCUUUUGCUCUCUUGGUUCUCGCAUGCUCUUACUGUAAGCUCUCCGACUACCUUGAAAACGGCGACAGAGACAUUGAAUCCGGAGAUGGAAACACGGAUGUCACUACUCCUCCUGAAAAUAACACCAACCAAGAGGCGUCUGAUAUGCAAGAGAAGUAUUUCGUAAUCAUGGCCGGAGAAGCUAAACCUACGUUCUUGGCCACACCCAGUUCUAGCAGAACCACCUCGUUUGGUAGUAGCAGUUGGCGGAGCAAUUCAACGGCGUUAACGGAGGCAUCAUCAUCUUCGGUAGUGGAGAUGUCGGAGGAGGUGAAACAUACCACCAGCGUGGAGAACAACUAG